AUGGCCGGUCGUAAACGUGGUCCUGUCUACGAACAUUUUCAAGACAUUCAAUCCAUUUCGGACACAAAUCGACAAAAAAAAAUGCGCUGUUUAUAUUGUCAAGAAGAGACGCCACAAUCAAGUGGACGUUUAAAACUGCAUUUGUCUUGUAAAUGUCCAAAAGUACCAGUUGAUAUCAAGACGAAAUAUGCGGAGUCGACUGGAGUUAUGUCGUGUAAAGUGGAAGACGUUAACAAGGUGGAGGAGAAGGAGAAGAAGACAGUGCCUGUCAUUCCUGCUGUACCUGAGACUUCGAUGGCUACGUCUAAAUCACCAUCACUAGCACCAGCAGCAACAGCAAUAGCCAAGUUGUCUACUGUUACGAUUGAACAACAGCCAGCGACGAUGAAGAAAUUGUCACCAGCACCAACUUUCAAGCCACUGAAGCGUAAUGGUAUUAAUUUUCGAGCAUUUGAAGAACAAUUGACGAUUGCUAUGAUCACUACAAAUGCUCCGUGGGGGUUGCUCGACCAUACGAACUUCCGUGCUGCCAUGGAGAUCUUACAUCCGACGUCGGAUGAGUUUCCACUGACAUCAGCUCGUGCACGUACUGAAGUAUUAAAUCGAUUGUCUCUGAAGUACGAUCGUGAGUGCAACAAUGUCUUGGCUACUUCGAAUGCCGUUACACUGGUGGUCAAUAACACGGACGGUAGCGCGAAAGGGGCAAAAAAGGCGACGUAUAUUGCGUUUGACGAGUGGCGACGUGCAUUUGUGUUGGCAGAGGGUAGCGAGGUGUUAACAGCACCUUGUGUGACUGAGAUACCAUCUGUGUUGUCCAAUCUCCAGGUAGUGAGUCCCAACUCGACUCUGUUCUUGAGCACCCCGACGUCCGGAGCUUAUGCACGCGCACGUCAAGAGUUGCUUCGAAAUGCCGAUGCAAUUGACAACCCUGUUGUUCUUAUGGGAGCAUGCAUGACUCAGCAGACAGCGCUGCUAGUUCAUGAAGUGUUAUUGUGCAGCUUAUCGCUAGAAGAAGCUCUUGACAAUGCUGUACUGACUGCAGAUGCUCUACACGUAAUGCCUUCGUUGCGUCAGCACGUUCUUUGUGGUGUUUACACGGAUAACAGCGCUAUUAAUGAAGACAUCAACGCGUUUGCACAAGUAUACGUGACAAGUUGGCGCUCUAUUGCAAUGGCAGUAAAGCAGGCUGCUUUUCUAGAGCCACUUCUACGCAUGGCAGUUUUCAAAGAAGAGGUCAACUCCUCCUCUUUGUCGAUACUGCGCCAAUUAAUGGAUGUGUGUAGCAGUGACAUGGCCUGGAAAACAUUACGACACACCGCUCAGCUGCUAGUGCCGCUGCAUUUUAUAUCGGCCCUGACUGAGAUGCAAACGACAACGUCAGGCCAGCUGCUGGCACUGUGGAUAUGGCUUCUUGGCGCAUCAAUGCGCUCACCACUUUUUGAUGGGAACUCUGACACCUUAACUGCAAGUUUUAUGCAGCGUUUGGAUUGCUACGUGGAAGAGCACUUUGUGGCUUGUUUGGUUCUAGAUCCACGUGUGCAUGGAGCUGGCUUGAGUGUGUCAGGACUGCGUCGGGCUCGCGGUGUUACUGUUCGUGUCGCCACUGCGCUGAUAUCCAACUUGAACGAGAAUAAAUUUAUUCGAUCGUACAAUGACUACAUGAAGCAGCAAGGGGACUUUGGUGAAGCGGGUGUGUGGAACGCCGCCAAUACGUCCAAUCCAAUGGAGUUUUGGGGCGAUUACGAAGGUGACCCGCUUCACAAUCAACUUGCUAUUGUAGCCAAGACUUUGUGCUCCUUUGUGCCACAUACUUGCUCGAUUGAAGAAUUGUGGUCAGCUCACGCACAACCAAGUACAAAAGAAGCAAGUGGUGAAGUGUCGAAAGAGCGCGAAAAAUGCACAAAAAUUCGGCGUGGUGCUGCUCUCAGUGCUCGGGUGAAUGUAAAAGAUGUGGUGAACAGAUUUCAGAUGCUUCUUGAUGUGGAGAAGAAGACUACAGUUGAAGAAAUGUUGCAGUCAAAUGCCAUUACACCGGCACCGGACGGACAGGAGAAUAAUCGUAAUCUGUCAGUACGUUCGGUCUUGGAAAGCAUUCAAGAUGGUAUAAAUGAGGACGCUAGAGGAUCCGACGCAUCAUCAAUAGCUUUGGAUACUUCUUGGUUCGACGUCAGCUCAUCUGGACUGGAUAAGAUUCGACACAUGAUGGAAAAGUACUUGAAUGUCCUUAUCCAGCAAUAG